UGAUUUUACCCCAUAAAGUUUCAUUUAUAAUGCUUUCAAUUCAUUAGAACUCAAAUAUAAUUUAUGAAUAACUAAUUAACCUAAACAUCUUUCCAAAGAUUCAUAAGAACUCUUUUUUUAGUUUUUCUUCUUCCAAAUCUCACCUCAUACAUACUAUUUUUCUUCAGUAUCUUAGAAAACCCAGAAAAUCUUUGUGGGUUUUUCACUGCUAUUGGAGUUUAAAUGCAGAAUCAUUUGGAAUCCCUUUAUGGGUUCUUCUCCAUUAUCGUGAGAAUUGCUUAAAAUCUUGUAUAUUUUGAUUAUUUUUCAGGUUUAUCAGCCAUGAAAAGGAAGACCCAUGGUUGUUAAUACUGAGAUUUUUCUUUCCAAGGAAAUGUAGAAGAGAAGAUUAAUUUCCUUUUUGGCAGUCUCUAAUGAUGAUGGUGGCUGCAUUUUCUCAUUCACAAACUCCCCCAGAAAGUACCCAUCACGAAGACACCCCGAAAAAAUGGUCUCCUCUUAACGAUAAUGGCUCCACCGUUAAAAGAAAACCCAGAGGUAGACAAGUUCCUUCACGGUACUUGUCUCCUUCUUCUUCAGCGGCAACAACAAUGGCGGCAGCAGCAGCAACCAAGUUGCCGACGAGAUUCCCUUCUCCUCUUCUUUCCCGUUCUACUAAUACGACAGCGGUGGCGACGACGGGGAAUAAAACGGCGACGGUGCUUCCUAAACGGUCUCAAUCCGUGGACCGGAGGCGGCCUGGUGACCAGGUGUCCACUGAAUUAUCAGCUGCUACCAAGAUGUUAAUCACUUCAUCGAGGAGCUUAUCCGUUUCGUUUCAAGGUGAGUCGUUUUCGAUUCCGGUUAGUAAGGCUAAGCCCCAAGUGGGUUGUACUAGGAAAGCAGUAACUCCCGAGAGGCGUAAAACUACUCCAGUGAGAGAUCACGCUGAGAACUCAAAACCGGUGGAUCGGCACCGUUGGCCGGGGAGAACCCGGGAAGGGAAUUCGAAUUCGGGUUCGAAUCCGCUGUCGAGGAGCUUGGAUUGUUAUGGUGAAAGGAAAAUGCUCGGAUCUGGUGCAGUGAUGGUUAAGUCAUUGCAACAAUCAUUAAUGCUUGAUGCCAAUUAUGUAAAUGAGGUUUCUUAUGAUCUCACUGCAUCUGAUACUGAUAGUGUGUCAUCUGGUAGCACCAAUGGAGGAAAUGGGGUUUCCAAAGGGAGGAAUGGUUCCCAUAAUAUCCUUGUAUCUGCUCGGUUUUGGCAAGAAACGAAUAGCCGGUUAAGGCGGUUGCAGGAUCCAGGUUCACCGUUGUUUACGAGCCCCGGGUCUAGAAUCAGUGCUCCAAAAAGUUUAGGUAGUACUAGACCUGCUUCUCCUAGUAAGCUUUGGACGUCUUCGGCUUCGUCUCCUUUAAGGGGUCUAAGUCCUGCUCGGGUGAGAAAUGCAGUUGGUGGUGGUCAGAUGCUUGGUAAUUCGGUUAAUUCUCCUUCAAUUCUCAGCUUUUCUGCUGAUAUUCGGAGAGGGAGAAUGGGGGAGGAUCGGAUUGUCGAUGCACACACGUUGAGACUUCUUUAUAACCGUUAUUUGCAAUGGAGAUUCGCGAAUGCAAGGGCCGAAGCUACUUUCAUGGUGCAGGAACUCAGUGCAGAGCAGAAAAAUCUGUGGAAUGUGUGGGUAACAAUAUCGGAACUGCUGCAUUCCGUCACUCUUAAGAGAAUGAAGUUUCUAUUACUGAGGCAAAAGUUGAAACUGACUUCCAUCCUGAAGGGACAAAUAGCUCAUUUAGAAGCGUGGGCAGUCCUCGAUAGAGAUCACUCGAGUUCUUUGCUAGGAGCAACUGAAGCUUUAAAGGCCAGUACUCUUCGUCUUCCAAUUGUUGGAAAAGCGAUAGUAGACAUCCAGAAUCUGAAGGAUGCCGUCGGUUCAGCGGUCGAUGUGAUGCACGCAAUGGCAUCCUCAAUAUGCUCAUUAUCAUCAAAGGUGAAGGAAAUGAAUUCUUUGGUGAACGAACUCGUGAGUGUGGCCGCAAACGAAAGGAUUUUGCUCGAACAAUGUAAAGAACAUUUGUCCACGCUAGCUGCCAUCCAGGUUAACGAAUGUAGCUUGAGGUCACAUAUAAUACAACUAAACCGUGUACCCACUACCGGCUGCUUGACAACACAUGCAUAGAACUGAUCUUUAUUUGACUACUCACCGUAAAUCCUAACAUUACAUUCAAACUCAAUGUUUUUUCUGAUGUCUGGAUGCGGUCACUGGACAAAACACGAGCGGAUCGAAUAUAGUUAGGUUCGGGUUUCUCAUUUUAGAAUGUGGCUUUUCCUUUUCAACUGAUUUCUGCAUACUUGCAAAGGAAAAAAGCAUUGUAUAUGUAAAUAUUUUAAUAACCAAAAAUAUCAUUGUAUUUUCUUGGCCUGGUUUGAUUUAAUCAUCUAUGUAUAAUGUUUGUUGAUGCUUGUUCAACUUAUAGAUACAGUCCCCAUUUCCAUUUUUAUCCUUAUAUUCAUAUUAACUGCAUUCACGUUGAUGUUGUGUGAUUGUAAUCAAGAUUCAGUGCACCAAAUGGAAUUGAAUGAACUUUCUUCAUCAUGAA